AUGCCGACUAGCACGAUGCUAGCUGUGCCACUAAGCACCACUGGCAGUCAAAUGCACCAAGAUGGCUCAAUAACUCCUAAGUCCAGCAAAACACGAUCAUUGUCUGAUGUGCCUCCUAAACCCUCCUUAUCACCAUCGCCUGCGAUUCGAGAAGCUGUCCGACGUGUUUCCAAGGAUGAUUCUGCUGCAGAGCCCAUCACGCCUCGGAGACCCCAGUACCAUAUGAGAGGUCUAUCGCUGCAGAUGCCGUCCAAAGAGAACAGUCAGGGUAGUCCGACAGUACCUCGCAUACCUCUCUCUCCUAAGCUUGACUCUUCCAGCAUCUAUGGCUCACCUGGCUCGGUGCUACCCAGGCGUUCGAGAGGGUUGGACUUCGCCAGAGCGUCUACAAAUCUACACCAGACCACGCUAGCCGAGUCUUCUCCAGAUGCUUCGCCCAUCACAGGAAGAGGCAUCAAUAUUCCACAAAGAAGAAGCAUUGGGACACAUCACCUUGUGUCUGAAUCACCGAGUCAAUCAAACGCUCUGUGGUCAAGCAUGCAUGGAGAACGUACAAAUCUAUCCAGCUCUGUCAGCAGUAUCAAUAUGAUGGAUUCAGACACAGAUUCUGACGAAUCUUCAGAUAUGGCUGUGGACAGGGACGCAGAUGAUCCCGUGCUUAAUACACCCGCUGCCGCAAGGAUCAAUGGUCUGGCUGCGACACAUAGUCCUGGUAUGGACUGGCUCAACAACAAUGGUCCGACAAACUCACAAAUGUCUCUCUUGAGCUUCCAGCCACAUCUGUUGAACUUCAGGAGAGCCAGACUGCGGAACAACAAAUCCUCACAUUCUUCCAGUAGUGUCAGCAUGCGCAGUUCGAAGCCUUCGCCCGGUCCUCUAUCUCCGCCCAUGAGGGCAGAAGGCUCAAGCUAUUUCGGCCUGAUGAAGGAACAAGCAAGAUCAAGGAGAGAAAGCCUGAGUUUAGGGACAGACGAUCUACAGCUUUCCGAUAGUGAAUCGGAUGGUGACAACAAGAUGAAUAGUGGCGGUAACUCUGGCAACGACGGUUCAAGCGAAAGAGGUGUUAUACGCAGAGCUGUCACAAGGCGAAGCAAUUUGCUGCCCAAGACGAAGGGGUUUGCCAGAAUACGAGCAGCUCUCAUGGAAGAAUCAGAUCCCCUACACAGCGAAGCAAGAAGAGAGGCCGAAGUAAUCAAGCAGGUCAACGAAAGUGAUGCGUACAACAGCAAGUCUGACCACGUCCUGAGUGCCAGUAUGGUGGCAGAACCAUUGCAAGCAUCCAUUGAGACAGCCGGCACGACCGAACUUUCCGAAUCAACCACCAACGAAUCUCAAUCGUCCGAUUUUGCUAGCAACGAGCCUUUCAGCUCGCAUGCGAAACGCAAUUCUGGUGGGCUUGGGUUUUGGAACAACUUUGAGCAUACUCCUCCCAAUAACAUCGACCGGUACCGGACACCUCCACCUAGUCUUUCGCACAUGGACUCGACGGUCUCGGACGAUGCUAUGGCUUCUUCGAACACACCAGUCCACGAACACAACCAUGCCUCGUCCCUAAUCCGGCAGCUGCACAACUCGAGGUCGCGCUCACGAUCUACAACCCCUCUAGCAUCAGCAGCAGCAUCGCAAGGUGUCAGCAAUACUCAGAACAAUCCCCCUACUGCAGGUGAUGUUGCGCGGAAGGUGAAUAACAAGCGAAGAAGAGAUGAUGACUUUGACCCUGCGUCCUUCAAACGGCGUGCAGUCUCGCCCGGUAUGAUGAACUCGGCACAGAGCUCACCUAUUGUACCGCAAAGCCCGACCUUGAACAACGACAAAGCCUGGGGUCGUCCACCAUCGAAGACGCAUGGUGAGAGAAGCAACAGUGGUGGGAGUAUUAGCAACAGUGGUCCCAAGAGAGUGGGCUUACAGGGAAUGACGGAAGCAAGUGAUGGAUUCAUGAGUAACCGGUGUUGA